CGGCGCGCCGGCCUCCCCUUUAAGGAAUGUUGUGACCUGACGUCAGCUGGGCGAGUUACCUCCCCGAGCCGCCGUCGCCGGGCUCAGCGCGAGCCUCGGAGCCCUUCAGCGCGAGGCGCGGAGCCCCCGGAGCCCCGAACCGCAGCCACAUCCCCUCGUCGCGCGCCCCAGAGCCCCGGCCUGCGCGCCCCGCCGGGCCGGCGCGAUGCCCUCAGACCGGCCUUUCAAGCAGCGGCGGAGCUUUGCCGAUCGCUGUAAAGAGGUGCAGCAGAUCCGCGAGCAGCACCCCAGCAAAAUCCCGGUAAUCAUCGAGCGCUACAAGGGUGAGAAGCAGCUGCCCGUCCUGGACAAGACCAAGUUCCUGGUCCCGGACCAUGUCAACAUGAGCGAGUUGGUCAAGAUCAUCCGGCGCCGCCUGCAGCUGAACCCCACGCAGGCCUUCUUCCUGCUGGUGAACCAGCACAGCAUGGUGAGCGUGUCCACGCCCAUCGCCGACAUCUAUGAGCAGGAGAAGGACGAUGACGGCUUCCUCUACAUGGUCUACGCCUCCCAGGAAACCUUCGGCUUCUGAGCCAGCAGCCCCUGCCUGUCUGCCCAUCUGUCCCUCCCUGACCUGAGGUGCUGCCCAUGCCUGGACCUGCCCACCCCUGAAGGACUGGCCCCUGGCUCACCCAGUCUUGACAUGGUGUAUGGAUCUGUGGUCAUUGUUCCUCUGCAGAAUAAAGAUUGCUCAGGCCUG